GCCUCAUUCAAGAGAGACUGCAAUACAAUGGCUAGCGAACCUACAGAAACGCCUGGGCUGACUCUGCCGCCCGCUCCAACGCCCGCUUGGGAGGUCUUACAGAACCUCCAGCAGGGCCAAGAGAAUCAAGAUCCAGAGCAUGAUGAUGCCGAAACUGACGAGGGCUUUGAUGGCCACAGUGAUUCAGACCUGGACUCUGCUCUGGGAUCCAACGUGGCGGACUCGACCUAUUCCUUGAGCUCAAGUAUUUUCGAGUACCGAACCCUGCAUGGCAGGACCUAUCAUUCAGAUAGAGGUACAGCCCAGUAUUGGGCAUCCAAUGAUGAUCAGGCCAGCCAAUCUCUGGACAUUGCACAUCAUUUUACUCUACUUCUGCUGGAAAAUAAACUACAUCUGGCACCUCUCAAGCCUGAUAUCCAGAGGGUGCUUGAUAUUGGGACGGGAACAGCUAUCUGGGCCAUUGACUUUGCCGACGAACAUCCUCAUGUCGAGGUCGUGGGCACUGAGAUCAGCCCUAUUCAGCCAACCUGGAUGCCAUCAAAUCUACAGCUCGAAAUCGAGGACUGCAACGACACCUGGACCUUCCGGCCCGACUCCUUUGACUUCGUCCAUAUGAGAUUCAUGCUGGGAAGCAUUACAGACUGGACUGCCACUUUCCGCGAAGCGUUCACAGCUUGUGCCCCGGGCGGCUGGGUCGAAAGCUACGAAGUCUCAUCUACUAUGGAAAGUGACGACAAUUCUAUUCCAGAUGGAAGCGCUAUGAAACGCUGGGGUGAAGUAUUCGAAGAAGGCGGCCAACGUGCAGGAAGAAGCUUUGCUAUGAUCCGAGAAGAUGUGCAGAGGAAGUCGAUGGAAGAAGCGGGAUUUGUCAACAUCCACGUCGUCGACCUCAAGGUAACUUCAUACUCCAUGUCAAUUUUCUGGAUCAGCCUAACAGUUUCGCAACAGGCACCAAUGGGAGGCUGGCAUACAGAAGAACGACUCAAGCAGGUUGGACAUUAUAUGCAGGCAGCUCUGGAGCGAGAUUAUGAGGGGUAUCUUCUGUUCCUGGCGUGCGAGCUUUUGGGAUGGACUGAGGAUCAGGUCAGAGCUCUGUGCACUCAGCUCCGACGAGAGAUCCGAUCAGGUCAACAUCAUCCGUAUUUCAGACAAAGGAUUGUGUACGGUCAGAAGCCUGAAGUUUGAUUCGAAGCAAGUGGUACUUCAGUAACUCAAUAUAGGAUAUAGCUUAGGAGGACCAGACCGCUGCAGAUAGAAUUAGUUAAAUUUAGGACGCCUUUAGAUUAGUCAUUUUGG